AUGGCGAGGGGCAAAGCUCUGCUGCUCUUCCAUGGAUUUGUCCUGCUGGCUCUGUGUAGACCCUCACUUCAAGGAGGAGUCUACAUACCAGCUGCAGGAGGAGGAGGAGGGGCUGGGCCUGGGGUAGGGACUGGCAUUGGUCCUGGUUUUGGACAAGGUGCUGGAGCUGGUCCAAUAGGGGGUCUUGGAACUGGACUUGGUACUGGAAUUAGGCCUGGGGUAGGGCCUGGCAUAGGACUCGGUCUUGGAGGUAUAGGAACUGGGGUCCUUCCAGGGAGUGGUCUUGGUGCUGGUCCUGGAGGUGCACUAGGAACUGGACCAGGAUUUGGCACUGGUCCUGGAGUGGGAGGGAGGUUUCCUGGUUACAAGCCAGGAAAGACAGCCGGUCCUGGUACAGCAGGUACUGCAUUUGGUUCUGGUAGUGGUGGGCCAGGACUUGGAACUGGAGCAUUUGUUCCUGGUACUGGUACAGGAGGAGUAGGCCCAGGUGGUUAUGGUACAGGUCCUGGAACUGGUGGGCCAUUCACUGGAGGUCUUGGAACUGGUGGAAUAGGUGUUGGUGGCUUGGGAACUGGAAGAUUUGGAGCAGGAGCUGCUGGGAAGCCUCCAAAAACAGGGUAUGGUGCUCAGGGACUUGGAACUGGUGCUCUUGGAGGUAGUGGACUAGGAGGACUUGUGCCUGGAGGUGCAGGGCCUGGGAGGGGUGUUGGAACUGGAUUAGGUGCUGGAGGACUAGGUCUUGGUCCUGGUACUCUUGGAGCAGGAAUUGGACCUGGAGGGAUUGGUCCAGGUGGUCUUGGAACUGGUGGUGUUGGCCCUGGUGGACUUGGAACUGGUGGUGUUGUCCCUGGUAGACUUGGACAAGCCAUCAGUGGGAAACCUCCAAAAUUGGGAGGCUUUGGUGGACCAGGAGGUGUUGGUCCUGGAGUUGGAAUAGGAGUAAUACCAGGUGGAGUUGGUCCAGGAGGAAUUGGUCCAGCCGGGGUUGGUCCAGGAGGAAUCAGACCAGGAGGAGUUGGUCCAGGUGGCACCAGUCUAGGAGGAUUAGGUCCAGGAGGAGUUGGCCCAGCUGGAGUUGGUCCAGGAGUGGGAGGCGGAGUUGGUCCUGGAGGAAUUGGUCCAGGUGGAGUUGGUCCAGGUGGAUUUGGUCCAGGAGGAAUCAGACCAGGAGGAGUUGGCCCAGCUGGAGUUGGUCCAGGAGUGGGACCAGGAGGAGUUGGUCCUGGAGGAAUUGGUCCUGGUGGAGUUGGUCCAGGAGGAACCAGACCAGGAGGAGUUGGCCCAGCUGGAGUUGGUCCAGGAGUGGGACCAGGAGGAGUUGGUCCUGGAGGAAUUGGUCCUGGUGGAGUUGGUCUAGGUUAUGGUCCUGGUGGAGUGGGAGUAGGAGCUGGUGGAAAACCCAGGAAAUCAGGCAUAUAUGGAAUAUAUGGCACUACUGGAGGUCUCUAUCCUGGCACUGGACAGAAACCACCAAAAACAGGUCUUGGUGGAACUAGAUUUGGUCCUGGUGGUGUAGGAGUCAGCCCUGGUGGUACAGCAAUUGGCUCUGGAGCUGGAGUUGGUCCUGGUGGUACAGGUUUCGGCCCUGGCGGAGCUGGAUUUGGGCCUGGUGGAACUGGAGUAGGACCUGGUGGAGCUGGAGUUGGUCCGGGUGGAGCUGGAGUUAGCCCUGGUGGAGUGGGAGUCGGUCCAGGUGGAGCGGGAGUCAGUCCGGGUGGAGUGGGAGUCGGUCCGGGUGGAGUUGGAGUUGGCCCUGGUGGAGUUGGAGUUGGUCCUGGUGGAGUUGGAGUUGGCCCUGGUGGAGUUGGAGUUGGCCCUGGUGGAGUUGGAGUUGGCCCUGGUGGAGUUGGAGUUGGUCCGGGUGGAACUGGAGUUGGCCCUGGUGGAGCACCUAUUUUGCCACAAACUGGAUUACCAGGCACUGGAACAGGCCCUGGGCGCAAAGUUGGCAAGACAGGGAAGGCACCAGUACCAGGGAUUAGUGUUCCUGGGUUGUACCAGGGUGGUAUCGUUCCUGGACAAGGUUUUGGUGGUCAAGGAGUUCUGCCCGGUGUAGCUACAGGAUCUCAGACUGCUCAGCUUGGUCAAGGUGGACUUGGGGCCAAUGGCGGUCGUGGUGGGAGCUUUGCUGGACAACAGUUACCAGGAGUGUUUCGUGGAUAUCCUCUCAUUUCACCAAAGUCUGGAGGACCUGGCUCUGCUAAGUCUCAAGCUAAAGCUGCUAAAUAUGCAGUUGGACUUGGUAUAGGAACUGGAGCAGGUGCUGUACCUGGUGCUGUUCCUGGAGCAGGUGGUAUACCUGGUGUUGUACCUGGUGCUGGUGUUGUACCAGGAACAGGAGGCGUACCUGGUGCUGGCGUUGUACCAGGAGCAGGAGGUGUACCUGGUGCUGGUGUUGUACCAGGAGCAGGAGGUGUACCUGGUGCGGGUGUUGUACCAGGAGCAGGAGGUGUACCUGGUGCUGGUGUUGUACCAGGAGCAGGAGGUGUACCUGGUGUUGGUGUUGUGCCUGGAGCAGGUGGUGUACCUGGUGCUGGUGCUAUACCUGGUGCAGGUGGUGUACCUGGUGUUGGUACCUAUCCGGGAGGUAUUGGUGUGGGUGGGCUACCUGGACUUGGAACUAGUGGGCUUGGUGCUGGUGCUCUUUCUGGAUCCGGUCUGGGGGCUGGUGGACUUCCUGGUUCUGGUGUUGGAGUUGGUCCUGGAGGAUAUGCUGGAGCCAAAGCACGAAAAUAUGCUCAGCUUGGAGGUCCUGGUGGGGCAUUAGGUGCUGGAGGAUUGCCAGGAGGACUUGGGACUGGUGGUCUUCCAGGCUCUGGACUUGGAACUGGUGUACUCCCUGGCUCUGGUCUGGGAGCUGGUGGACUUCCUGGGUCUGGACUGGGAACUGGUGGACUUCCUGGUGCUGGACUUGGAACUGGUGUACUCCCUGGCUCUGGUCUGGGAGGUGGUGUACUUCCUGGCUCUGGUGUUGGAGGUGUUCCUGGAGGUUAUGCUGGAGCCAAAGCACGAAAAUAUGCUCAGCUUGGAGGUCCUGGUGGGGCUUUAGGUGCUGGAAGAUUACCAGGAGGGCUCGGAACUGGUGGGCUUCCUGGCUCUGGACUGGGAACUGGUGGACGUUUUGGCUCUGGACUUGGAGCUGGUAGUCUUCCAGGCUCUGGACUUGGAGCUGGUGGACUUCUUGGCUCUGGACUGGGAACUGGUGGGCUUCCUGGCUCUGGACUGGGAACUGGUGGGCUUCCUGGCUCUGGACUGGGAACUGGUGGGCUUCCUGGCUCUGGACUUGGAGCUGGUGGACUUCCUGGCUCUGGUCUUGGAGCUGGUCCUGGAGGUUAUGCUGGAGCCAAAGCACGAAAAUAUGCUCAGCUUGGAGGUCCUGGUGGGGCUUUAGGUGCUGGAGGAUUGCCAGGAGGGUUUGGAACUGGUGGGUUUCCAGGCUCUGGACUUGGAAUUGGUGGACUUCCAGGCUCUGGUCUUGGAACUGGUGGACUUCCUGGCUCUGGACUUGGAGCUGGUGGACUUCCUGGCUCUGGUCUUGGAGCUGGUGGACUUCCUGGCUCUGGACUUGGAGCUGGUGGACUUCCUGGCUCUGGACUUGGAGCUGGUGGACUUCCUGGCUCUGGACUUGGAGCUGGUGGACUUCCUGGCUCUGGUCUUGGAGCUGGUCCUGGAGGUUAUGCUGGAGCCAAAGCACGAAAAUAUGGUCCUGGUGGGGCUUUAGGUGCUGGAGGAUUGCCAGGAGGCUUUGGAACUGGUAGGCUUCCAGGCUCUGGACUUGGAACUGGUGGACUUCCUGGCUCAGGUCUUGGAGCUGGUGGACUUCCUGGCUCUGGGCUUGGAACUGGUGGACUUCCUGGCUCUGGUCUUGGAACUGGUGGACUUCCUGGCUCUGGACUUGGAGCUGGUGGACUUCCUGGCUCUGGUCUUGGAGCUGGUGGACUUCCUGGCUCUGGACUUGGAGCUGGUGGACUUCCUGGCUCUGGUCUUGGAGCUGGUCCUGGAGGUUAUGCUGGAGCCAAAGCACGAAAAUAUGGUCCUGGUGGGGCUUUAGGUGCUGGAGGAUUGCCAGGAGGCUUUGGAACUGGUAGGCUUCCAGGCUCUGGACUUGGAACUGGUGGACUUCCUGGCUCAGGUCUUGGAGCUGGUGGACUUCCUGGCUCUGGACUUGGAACUGGUGGACUUCCUGGCUCUGGUCUUGGAACUGGUGGACUUCCUGGCUCUGGACUUGGAGCUGGUGGACUUCCUGGCUCUGGACUUGGAACUGGUGGACUUCCUGGCUCUGGACUUGGAACUGGUGGACUUCCUGGCUCAGGACUUGGAACUGGUGGACUUCCUGGUGCUGGUGUUGGAGUUGGUCCUGGAGGAUAUGCUGGAGCGAAAGCACGAAAAUAUGCUCAGCUUGGAGGUGCUGGUGGGGCUUUAGGUGCUGGAGGAUUGCCAGGAGGAUUACCAGGAGGAUUUCCAGGGGGAUUACCUGGGGGUCUUGGGACUGGUAGUUUAGCUGGUAGUGGACUUGGAGCUGGUGGAGGAAUUGGAAGAACUGGUGGUGUACCUGGCGGAGGUGUUGGAGGGCUGCCUGGUGGAGGCCUUGGACCUGCUACUGGAACUGGGGGAUAUGGAUCUGAAGCAAAAGCUCGUAAAUACGGAGGUGCUGGCAGUGCCCUAGGAGGACCUGGUUCAGGAGUUGUACCAGGAGGGACAGUAGGUGGACUUGGCGGAAUGGGAAGUCAGACUGGAAAUGGACUGAGACCAGGAGGGACAAUUGGUGGUGGACCAGGUAGUGUGCCGGGUGGUGGCCUUGGAACUGGAGGUGUACCUGGUGGUGGCCUUGGUCCUGGAGGUGUAGCAGGUGGUGGCCUUGGGCCUGGAAGUGUGCCAGGUGGUGGCUUUGGACCUGGAGGAGUACCUGGUGGCAGUUUUGGACCUGGAGGAUAUGCUGGCGCUAAAGCUCGCAAAUAUGGAUUCCCAAGUGGAACAGUCAGGACAGCUGGAACAGGAUUGCCUGGAGGAUUCGGAGGGGUAGUCAGUGGUGGAUUAGGAACAGGAGUACCAGCUGGUGGUCUUGGUGCUGGAGUGGCACCAGGAGGUGGAGUAGGAACUGGAGGUGUACCAGCUGGAGGCUAUGGACCUGGUGGAGUACCUGGGGGAUAUGGUCCUGGUGGAGUACCUCGGAGCUAUGGUCCAGGUACUGGAGGAUAUCCAAGUGGAUCAAAGGCACUUAAAUAUGGUCAAGCUGGAAGCAAUGCUCCAUCUGGUGUAGGUGGACCAUUUGGAAUAGGUACAGGUCCUGCUCAAGGAUAUGGAACUGGAGCAGGACCUGUUGGUGGAUAUGGCCAGGGCACUGGAUUGAGUCCUGGGGCUGGAUAUGGACUUGGAGCAGGCGGCGUACCUGGUGGAACAGGUGUCAGAGGAGGGCCUACAGGUGCUGGAGGAUAUGGCCCAGGUUCGAAAGCUGCUAAAUAUGUGCCUGGGGGCUUUGGAGGUGCUCUUGGCUCUGGAUCUGCUCUUGGUGGACCAAGUACUGGUCUUGGACCGUAUGGAGGAUAUGGACCAGGGGGAAAGCCACCAAAAUAUGGCCAACCUGCUGCUGGAACUGGGACUGUGUUGGGUGGACCAGGGUCAGUGCCUGGUGUUGCUGGAGCUGGAACCACAACCACAGGAAUAGGGACUGGAACUGCAACCGGUGCAGGCACUAUCGGUGGGACAGGAGGGGUACCAGUUACUGGAAGCAAGACAGACAAAUAUGGAGUUCCAGGUGUCACAGGAGGAGCACUAGGAGGAACAGGAGUCCCAGGCAUUAUACCAACAACAUCCACGGAUCAGAGAACCAAACCAGGAGCUGAUGGAGCUGUUCGGACUGGUAAUGACACUACAGAAGGACCAGGUGCUACUAAAUCCCCCAGGUUGGAAUCAGGUGGCGUGAUAGAGGGAUCUGGAAGCUCUAUUGGUGGUGGUCCAGGUGAAGGAGUUAGCGGCGGUCCUGUUGAUGGGGAUGGACUUGGAGUUACUGGGACAGGAAUACCAAUCCUAGCUGGUGGUAAACCAGAUGCAGCUGGUUCAGUUCCAGGUGGAACGGGAGGGCAGAUACCAGAAAUUGAUAUUGGAGUAAUUCAACCCAGUGCUGGAACAAGAAUUGGUGGAGUAGGUGAUGGUCUACCAGGAGCCAAGCCUCUGAAACCUCCAGGUGGUGUCAUACCUGGACGUGGUGAUACUCCAGGUGGAACUGGUGAAGAGCCAAGUGGAACUGGCAUUGGACUAGGUGGAAUUGAAGGCAGACCAGGAUACGUUAGUACAGUUGGAGGACUCCUUGGUGGCAUCGGAGGCCCAGGUGGAGUGACAGGGCCUGGAAUGACAACAGGAAGUGGCUUUUUGCCUGGAAGUAGCAGUCUACUGCCAGGAGGUACAGCAGCAGGAACUGGAGGUUAUGGUGGGGUUGGAGGUUUAGGUACCAGCAGCCUUCUUCCAGUAAAUGGUCUAAGGUUCCCAAGUGGAGCUGCUGUUGGUAGCAAAGGUCCUGGAAUGGGAAAGCCAGCCAAAAGCUAUUGGGGAACUGGAGCACUGGGUGGGGUGGGAGGCCCAGGAGGACUUGGAGGAGUUCCUGGAGGUGUUGGUACUGGUCUAGGAGGAGUUGGUGGAGGUCAAGGAAGCAUUCGUGGAGGACCUGGUGCACUUGGAGGUGGUCUGGGUGGUCAAGGAGGAGGUUUGGGCUACCCAGCUGGAGCAGGACUAAGAGCUGGGAAACCUGGGAAAUCAGGAUUUGGCAGUUUGGGUGGAGCAGGAGGCCUAGGACUCGGAGGUACAGGUGGGGCUUUAGGAGGAGGUCCCAGUGGUGUAGGUGGAGGGCUAGGAGGCAUAGGAGGAGGACCUGGUGGCCCAGGUGGCAUUGGUGGCGGUUACAUCUACCCAGGCGGGGCUGGACUGGGAGCUGGAGUUGGGAAGCCUGGUAAAUCAGGGUAUGGGACAGGUGCCUUGGGAGGUCAAGGUUACCAGCCAGGUAGUGGAGUGCCAGGAUACGGUGGUGGUGGUGCAGGCGGUUACCAGCAGCCACUCCCAGGUUAUGGUCGAGCUGGACCAGGAGGAGCUGGAAGUGCACCACUUACACCUCAACAAUCUAAAGCAGCCAAAUAUGCAGCUCUUCAGAGUGCUCUAGGUGCUAGAGGCUACAGAGGAGGUACUGGGUGCCAAGGCAAAUACUGCGGCAGGAGGAGGAAAUGAGAGCCCUGCAGUGAGAAGUGACCUCAUGAACAAGUGGUGCUACUGCAUAAUCUCGAAUGUACUUUUUCGUUUCUAGUGGGAAAAAAGUCAAAGUAUUCCUGCUCAAAGUGCACCUCGUAACACGAGACAGACAUUCAGUGUUCAAAUCUUCCUUCGUACAUAGCUUGGAGUCAAGGAUGUAUGCAGUGUGGACUUACUCAUGCACUUGUGGCACAAUGUAAACCCCAAGUUUUAUUUACACCCACCAGUUAAUCCUUAAAGGACAGGCUUUAUUACAGCACCCAAGUCACCAUGUCACUACUUAAUGUACACUGUAACCUCACCGUCAAUUAGCUAAACAUGUUACCGCCAACACAGAACACCAGGAUUUACACCUCAGUCUGUCAGCCUUCACUUUCACUUCCAUAACUGCAUAGUUAGUCAUGCUGUAUGGGGAAAUGUUGCUGCUAUGUACUGUAAUAGACAAACUGUGAUAGUAUUAUCAAGUUGUCAUUAAGCUAAGUGGUUCAGGCCACCUCAUCACAUAUACUUAACAUUUGCUUUUCUUUCUUUUGAUGGUGCCAUAUA